GCAAUUCAAGAUGUUUGAGAAAUUUAAGAAGAACUGUAGCAAGAAAUGGAAAAGAAUCACGGCCUCCCGCAUAACGAAACUCUUCAUCAUGUUCUCGGUGUUACAAACCAUAGCCAUCAUAAUUCUUCAGAUAAAGGUCAUGAUGCGCAACCUAGAAUUCAUGUAUUUCACCUUUGAAACCACGGAUGGCGCAACCACCAAUUACACCAAAUGCGAAGGGCUCCAUGGACCGCAAUUUCCUUUCAUCGCCUAUGACAAUCUGAUCUAUAUUUUUUUUCAGAUUUUCCUGGUGUAUUUUUGUUUUAAUUCGAUAUUCCAUGAGAAUACAAUUCAGGUCUUGACGAUCAGCGCAGUGAAUUUUGGAUGGGCGACUUAUGGCAUUAUUCAGGCCAUAGAAAUCCACGUUGCACUGAGGGCCGUAGCGGCCUUGGCAGCAUGCAAGGGAAGAUCUUCUUUUGAUUCACAACCUUGGAAAAACGAUGUACCGUGUGUGUUGGUGUUAUUCUUCUUUGCGUUCAUCAUGGCAUACCUGUCGUACAAACUAUAUCAAUCUUUCGGUUGGAACAUAUACAAGAAAAUCGGCGGGGAUGUAAAAAUUCAAGGUGACCAUGAGAAUCUACGAGGUGUCUAUGGAAAAGCUGUUACUUGUGAUGACAACGACGAUCGUAAGUGCAAGCAAACAAAGACUUGGUUGGUAUUGAUUUACGGCAUAAAGAUAUUGAGAAAGUUUGGGAGCGGAUUGAAAGAGCUACUUCAAAAGAAAAGUGAUAAACCAUUCAGUGGCAUAAGGCCCAUAUUUAUCUCUAUGAACGCUCAGUCGACUGGACUGUUGGAAAAGAACAAACGUCCCAUCGAUGAAGAUGAAGAUGAUUAG